AUGAGCGACACGCCUUCUGAUACUACGUACGACUUCAUCCGUCUGGAAACCAAGCCAACUGCUCGGCUAUGCUACAGCUUUAGUCCAACUACAACGCCGACAGUUCCCAAGCCAACUCUCGUCGUCUUUGUCAAUGGCCUUGGAUUACCACAGGCGGGGUGGGCGCAGACAAUUGCUAAGCUGAGAGAACACACUCCGAAGAACCUUCCUGCCCUUCUCACCUACGAUCGCUUUGGACAAGGGCAGUCGGUUGACCGCGACCCCGCCGAUGAGGGCGCGACAGACCCGAGUCACGCCCAUGAUUGCAUGAGUGCGGUUCGUGAUAUGCGACAACUCAUCACCCAGAUCGCAAAGGACAAGAUGAAUUCCGAAGAACCUGAUACUUUGCGCAUUGUUUUCGUCGGGAACUCUAUCGGAUGUUCUCUCAUCCGACUCUACGCUCGCGAGUAUCCGGGGACUGUGUCAGGUAUUCUCUUUCUCGACAGUACCUUGACCGACACGGACUUUGUCUCCAUUUUCCCUGAUCCGGACGCCGAGUCUUUCGAUCCAGUCCUGCCUUCAGGCGUGACCGCCGCGGGUCUGCGAGAUGCCAGAGAAAAGAUAUGGCAGAGGUUCCAUCCCGACGUUGGAAGCCAAGAGGGUUUGAGUCGACGGAACCUGUUUCAACUUUUACCGCGCGCCGAUUCACCCCCUCUCUACAAGGCUGGAGAGGAUGCUCCCUACGUCACAGUGCUGGGCCACGACUUUGAAUUUUUCGCGGAGCGCACGGAAAUGGACCUGGGGAUUCCUGUCGCUGUUAUUCAGACGUACAUGAACACAUACUGGCAUCGCUACAAUCAGGGCUUGGCUAAGCUCACGGUCCCUGAGAGAAGUAAAGGACCUUUCCAAGUGCCAGGGGCGGGUCAUUUUAUUCAAGCGGAUAACCCUACGUAUGUGGCGGAGAGACUGCAUGAGAUGUUGCAGCUCCUGGAGGUUGACUGA